AUGUCUGCGACAAGCGCCAACCGCCGAGAGUCUUGGGACUCUAUGUCCUCCUCUUUCGCUCACCUCGAAGUUUCAUUCUCCCACGACAGCAGCUAUGGCUCUGAUGAAGUCUCCGUUUCCUCCAAUACCCCCACCACUCUCGAUUCCUGCGAUUCGACCUGCAUCGUCAAGCCAUCUUUUCACCCCUUGUUGAAAUCUAUCUUGAAGAACUCGACCGCGGAUAUUCAGAAAGAUACCGAGUCCGACUCGGACUCCGAGUCAGCAUAUGUAUCAGACGAAAUCGACUCUGAUUAUGAUGCCCUGUCCGAAGUUGAGGAUUCAGACGACGAUGACAACAUGUCUGACUUUUCCGUUUGGGACGAAGAAGCCACCCAUGAUGCCCCUCAAUCGCACGAAGAUCACACCGAGCAGUUUGACGACUCCUUCAUUGGAUUCGGAAGUUGUGUUUGCUUCGAUCCCAAGGUGGAGUAUAUUGAGACUCUAGACCUUGAAUUCUCUGAGGACGAAAGCUCUGACAAUAGCUCCGACGAAAGCCCCGUCCAGGAAAUGACAUGUCACGAAAUGAUGCUUCUUGCUCAGCAGUCUAGCAGUCUCCAAAUCUCCAUUCAUCAGCUUGAUGACUUUACUCUGGAUGCCGUGGAUACAGACCGGAAUAUUUUCGUCGCAUUCAUGAACGGACUACAUGGGAUUGACGACAAGAAAUACAAAAAUUACCUUCACACACAAGCAGAGAACAUCCGGCAGGGCCGUCAAUCCGAGUCCAUGCACCCGGACGACGUACCCUGCCUGUUCUUGGAGAGUCUGACCGCACAUGUGGUGGGCACAUUCCGUCAUCUCCUGGAGAAAGGCGAGAUGGAAGACCUUGUUAGUCUCCAUCAGGAGGACCAGAAGGAGUCACUCCAGGAGAUUGAACGAUUCCUCCGGGACCGGCUGAUGGACGGCUCGAUCGAGGUCUCUCCGGACGAGUUGAGUUUCCUUGCCGGAGGUGUCGAGAAGACCUUGGGGGUUUAG